CCCCGCCUCACCCAUAUACACAACAGGAGAAACAACGAAAACAAUGCCUCGCGGAGCCCUGAUCGUGAUCGAAGGCCUCGACCGCGCCGGGAAGACGACGCAAUGCGCGCUCCUGGAGUCGCGGCUCUACAACAGCCGACUGAUCAAAUUCCCCGACCGCACGACUCCAAUCGGCCAGGUGAUAAACACCUACCUAACCACCGACUCCGACUCCGACUCUUCUCCUCUACUGGAAGACCACGCAAUCCACCUCCUCUUCUCCGCGAACCGCUGGGAAGCGCUACCGUCCCUCCUCGCCUCACUGGAGGCCGGCGAGACCCUGAUUCUCGACCGCUACAUCUACUCCGGCAUCGCGUUCAGCAUCGCCAAGGGGACGCUGGGAUACGAGUAUGCGCGGGCUCCGGACGUGGGGCUGCCGAGUCCCGACGCGGUGGUGUUUCUGGAUUUGCCAGUGGAUGUUGCGAAAGGGAGGGCGGGGUUUGGCGGCGAGAGAUAUGAGCGGUCCGAUGUGCAGGAGAGGGUUAGGGGGUGUUUUGACGAGGUCAGGAGGAGGGAGGGGGCAGGGGAAAGGCACGGCUGGUGGACGGUCGUUGAUGCAGGCCAGGGGAUCGAAAAGGUCGCAGAAAUGGUGGAGGACCUGGCGGUGAGGGCGAUGAUUUGGGCGAAGAAGAAUGAGCUACGGAGGAUCGAAUAAUCGAAUGACGGUCAUCUACUCUAGGGGUUUUGCAGGAACGAGAUGGCUUGACUUGAUAUCUGA